AGCAAAUAAAAACAUUUUAAUAACUCAAGCGGAAAAUGUCAAACAUGGCCGCCCACAUUUCCGUGUCGGCCAACGGAUUUAAAGCGGGAACGGGACGUUGAAGUAACGGAUGGUUUACAACGACACCCCGAGAGGAAAAUAAACAGCUUGCCCGAAUUAACUUUGAGGUAACAAAACAACUCAACGAGGAUGCCUGUCUUCGCUGCAGAAAAAAGGAGCUGACGACGACUUUAUGGAGUACGCAAGAAGAGACAGGAACACUUAUCUAAAGAGAUGAAAAUGAAACCGAGACGCACUCAGAAGCUUUCGAGAGCCAGCUGGCAAGGGGAAAGUGUAACCACAGAUGAGAAGACAACUGCAAGCCAGAACAAACGACCAUCACUGGUGUCGUCCUCAGCUCAAGUCAGACCUAUUGCCAGGAAAGUCGGACCUUUUGCUGGAAAAGUCUUCUUCCUGGACCUGCCUUCGAACAGAACAGCCGAAACAUUGGAGAGUGACAUCAAGGACCUGGGUGGGACUGUUGAGAAGUUCUUCAGUAAGGAAAUCAAGUAUCUAGUGUCUAACAAGCAGGAGGCAAGGUAUGCGAACUACCUCAGACAGGACUCUCCCGCUCCCAGCCCGGACUCAGGGCCGAGCUCACCCCACCCUCGCUCUAACCCACACCAUGCUGGCAACCACAGGGACAACAUCAAAAGCAAAUCUCGGGGCCAAGGAGACACGUUUGUCUCGAGCCGAGGGAGGUCGUUGGUGGAAAGAGUUGUUAAAGAGCAGGGGAGGAUUCAGAUGGACAGGAUCCUGUCAAAUGCCGUGGAGUGGGGUGUAAAAAUCCUCUAUUUAAAUGAUGUAUUAGCAUAUGUUCAGAGGAAGAAAAACACUUGCAUCAGCCAGGUUUCAGCCACUGCUGCUGCCUCCAGUGUCAAAGCUGUGUCAGUAACAAAAAAAGGUUUUCAGAAGUGUAAAGGAGGAAGGAUCAGUAAACAUUUUGUCAAGGUUGAGGAUUCAACCAGGCACUACCGUCCCAUCUACGUCACAAUGCCAAACAUGCCGGAGUUCAACCUGCACUCUGUUGCACCGUGCAGCCCCUUCUGUGCAGAGGACAAAGAUCCUCCUGGGAACAAACAGCUGGUACACAGAGGUGGGAAACUGCCCACCUCUGAGGAAAGAGCUCAUGGUCGAAAGAAGAACAGGGACAAAAAACAGAAGCAAGGCGGUUACUGCGAGUGUUGCAUGGUCAAGUAUGAAAAGCUGAAAAUGCAUCUACAGAGUGAACGUCACAAGGCUUUCUCCAAAACGGAUGAGUACGCUGUGGUGGACAGACUGGUCUCAACUCUGCACUGCGACUUCAUCAACAUCCAAACUAAAGUCCAUAGGCCAAAGUGCAGUGUCUCCUCGGUCCUCGUCGCUCCCGGCCCCUGUGAGAUCACUGACCUGAGGCACGAAGAAGAUUGUGGUCACUCGGUUAAAGCAGAGCGACACCUUACUGCUCAUGGAUUUUAUUCAGGACAGAAUAUCACAUAUAACAAUAUCGGCUCAGCUUCAGGCUCUGAUCCGUUGGUUCAAACAAAAGAAGACAGGAGGACCUUUCAUACUUACCCUGACAGAUCCAAGCACAGAUCUCUGGUGCGUAAACGGACUUGCAGACAGAAUUCUUUGACUUCUCGCUCCCAGACUGCUGAGCAGGCUCAGAUUCCUCGGGUGAAGUCAGAAGUGCCACCCUCUAGAGGUGGAUUUCCGCCCUCGUCUCACUCACCCCCCCCCACUUUCAAACUGGCAGAGCAGAAACCUGGAAAAGACACUGGCAGCUCAGCCUCUCACUCUGUGAGUACAAACACGUGCAUUAAGGACGGCGCCAGAGACACCAGUGUUAUCACUAACGAACAUGGGGACAUCAACCAGGAUGCGUUAGAGUUUGAAGCUUUCCAGGAGAGGAGUGUGUUCUCAGAGAAAGUGACUGGAGAUGAUCUCGCUGAGAAGGAUAAAGUAAGCCCUCCAAUGCAAGGCUUCUCUCCGGUUAGGACAAUUCAGAGGAGAAUAAGAGUUUAUAAGCAAAAAAGACGGAAAAUGGAGCCAACGGAAGUGCACAUAAAGCCGAGAGAUGUUCCAGACAGCUCGAUACUAAAGCUCUGGGAGCUUUUCCAGUCCAGUGACGACGUGGACAUGGAGUUUUGUGGAUUUUCAGCGUAGGUCAAAACAUUGGGACAAACUGGACUUUCUGAGCCAUAAACUAAAAUAACAAAUUUUGUUUUAUAACAUGUUUAACCCAUUCAGACCAGAGGGUACUUUUGCAAUAUGUCUUUAAUAUGUAAUAUUGAGCUUUAAUAAUCUAAGAAGCGUUUGAAAAAACUGCCUUCUAAAAUAUUUAUUUCUUAACUUUAAAACCGGUGAAUAUGAAAAAGAAAAACCUUAAAGAGGUUAAGCCUUCAUGCGGGGUCUGUGUGAACAUGAUGAAAUCCGAGAGACAGAUAAACACACACAUGUGCAGCUUUGGGUCUGUGUGGGUUAAAAAUGGUGAAAAAACGCCAUCUUUUUGUUUCUAAUGGAAUAAAGAGUGUCAGCAGAUGUAUGGCAGCUGCUGCUGUGCUUUCUUUUUUUUUGUGGCACAGUGCAAGAUAAGACUUGAAGAUUAAAUAUUGGAUAUCAGCAUUUAUGUUGCAGAGGCUAUUAAAAUAAUAAUUUUUUACAUUUAAUUAUUGUUUUCUAGAUACAGAUACAACAAAUAUAUUUUGUAGUUUUGCAACAAAUGUAUUGAUGACAAACAAAACUUGAAUCAAAAGAGAAUUUCUUAAAAUGGAGAAAUCUGAUGAAUGUGUAACGUCUCAUUCUGUUGUAGGAUUGAAGCAUUUCUUUCAGUAUUAAUGCCACAGGGAAGUUCUGCACCUCAUCUGCUGGGAUUUGACAUAACUGAUCCUUUUUGGAUAAGAUGAAUUUGUAAGGUCUAAGUCUGAUAAGUGAAUGCAUCAGUAUUUCAAAAACCAGCAUUCACUUUUACAGAAGAGCUGCAUCUUACCACAACAGAAAAUCUAUGAAACACUGAGUGCUGGAGGAAGAGAUGACCCGCAGGUUGGAUCUGUGGUAUUUAACCUUAAAGUGGCAUUUUAUGAAUCCCUCUAAGUGCGCUUUUUAUGACCUGCACUUGAGUUUUGUUUUCUGAUGCAUUAGCUCAGCUCUUUCCUUCAUUUAGUGCAUAAGAACAGUACCCUUGUUCCCCUGCUCACCACUCUAAUGGAUUUUUGGGGUCACGUGGGACCGUCUGCCAUAGACGUGGAAAAAAUGAACAGCCGUUUGUUAUGAGGAACAGUCACAGCAAUAAAGCAAAUUAAGCUCUGCUGAAUUGUUGAUUAUUCAGAAUGCAAGCAGAACCAAAUAUUACAAUUAAGAUAACUGAACCUUUUCACUAUAAUGCACUUUUUCUAUCCAUUUGUACUGUUUACUGUAGCAAUCAGGGUUUUAAAUGCUGCAAGCCAUUACAACAGGCUUCAAGACUCAUUAAACAUUUGUUUCUUCUAAUCUACUUCAAUUUAUUUUUUAACCAAAUCACUAAUUUAAUCUCCAUUUGCUGAAUAAAUAAAAAUGUAUCUCCCUUGCUGAGUGCAAAAAUGUCAGCACAAGGCCAACUGAUCUCAUCAAAAGUGUACGCACAUUAAUCACUGGAUGUGUUCAAAUCAAAAUAAAUGUUUUUAAUAAAGUUUCUUAAUGCACGCAAGCAAAGCAACACAGACAA